AUGCAUUCCUUCGGCCCGUCUCUCCAACUUGACGGAAAUCGCGUCUUUCAUAAUGCUUUGCUACAUGUCAACCCACAGAGUCCCGAACAAGUAGUCCAAGACCUGUGGACAGUGAUACUUGCAACAUGGUUCUCUCCCGAUGAUGGCUAUAUGUUAAAGUUCAAAGCCUCUACAAUUGCUACUGAGAGCAUGCCUGAUAGCAUCAUUCAAGUCAUUGGAGUAGUUUGCAAUCCUGAAGUUUCAGAUAGUUUCAUUCAGCGCCAAGUCCUCAUGGUCGAAUGCAAGCGCCCAUCUGCUGAUACUCCUAAGGGUUGGGAAACCGCCAUCCAAAACCAAGUUCCCGAUGACAUGUCGCAAAACUGGAAUACUUCCGAAAGAUAUUACAGUGCAGUUGCUAUUGGUACAAAAGUGAGAUUCUUUAAGUGGGAUGGAGGGGCAGUCGAUAACUUGAAACUGUGUCCGCUUCAUCAAGGAACCUUUGACCUGGGAUCUGCGGACGGCUGCAUGCAGGUUGAGGAGAUGGUAAAUCAUGUCAAGGCAGACGGAUUGCAUUGGGUGUAG